AUGGUACGGAUCAGCGUUCUAUAUCGCAUUCCUCUUGCCGGUAAGACGUUCAUUCUCUUUCCAAAGCGGACGGUCUACUUGGCCUACCUAGGAGUGUUUGAGCUUGGAAGUUUGGUUUGCGCACUGGCACCGACAUCGAAUGCGCUUAUUGCUGGAAGAGCUGUAGCAGGGUUCGGGGCUUCGGGGGUCUUUGCCGGAGGCUUUGUUCUACUGACGACAAUCAUUCCGCUACACAAGCGCGCCAUCUGGACGGGGACGAUGAGCUCGACAUUUGCUAUUGCUAGUAUCGUGGGCCCCGUCAUUGCUGGCGCUUUUACCGAGCAUAUCACAUGGCGGUGGUGCUUCUAUCUCAAUCUCCCAAUCGGAGGUUUCGCCGCAGUGCUCAUUCUGUUUCUAUUUCGCAUCAAGGCAGCAGCAACCGAAAAAGCCCGGUUACUGGAAAAGAUUAAAGGUUUAGACGGCUUAGGCUUUGUUCUAUUCGCUGGCUCUAUAACAAUGCUGCUCCUGGCCCUCCAAUUCGGUGGGACGGCAUAUGCUUGGAAGUCGUCAGUAAUCAUUGGCCUCUUCGUCGGUUUUGGCGUCACUAUGCUUGCCUUCAUUCCAUGGCAACUGUACCUGCAAGAUACGGCACUGAUUCCUCCGAGGUUGUUCAAGAAUAGGAACGCCUCGCUCAUCUUCUCUAGCUCCAUAUUCGUGAAUGGACCGUUUCAGACUAUCGUUUACUGGCUACCCAUUUGGUUCCAAGCUGUCCUAGGAGUUAGCCCAGAGGCUAGCGGUAUUAGGUACUUGCCUACUGUCAUUUCUGACGCCCUCGCUUCGAUGAUAGGCGCGGGUAUCGUAAUGCAGCUGGGAGUAUGGAACCCCUUUCUAUUGUUCGCGGAGGUAAUGGUGUGCAUCGGUGGUGGUCUCUUGACUACAAUCCAUCCUGGCAUAUCUGAUGGCCAUUGGAUUGGCUAUCAAAUCUUUGGCGGCAUUGGGUACUCCCUUGCUUCGAAUCUAGCUCAUCUCGGCAUGCAGGCGUCUCUUCCACAAGACCUCGUCCCAAUCGGAGCCACAACGUUGUUGUUCGGCAUCUCGACCAGUUGUGCCAUCUUUUUAUCUAUCGGCCAAACUCUUUUCAACAGCCGCCUAUCCACGAAUCUUUCUCAUGUCGUUCCGCCAGACAUUGCUAGCAAUGUCAUGUCUGUCGGCGCAACUAAUGUGAGGUCUGUGGUCGGUAGCGGUGACCUGACAGCAGUACUUCAGGCAUACAGCAAUGCGGUAACGCAAGUCUUUUAUAUUCCUGCCGUAGCGCCGGUCAUCUCGUUUCUCUUGCUGCUGGGAUGCACUUGGACCUCAGUCAAGAAGCCAAAGGCAAAAGAGCCUCAGGAAGAGUCAGAGCCUAAGGAAAAUGUCUAA